ACUGUAGCAAGCUCACUUGUCUGGAGACCUCAGACAUAACAGGAUGUUCUUGUCUUGUCUCCUGACUUCCCAAGACUCAGGUAUAGGAGGUCACAUAGCGGAGGCCUUGGCCACAUUUGGAGAUCAUUGUUCUCCCAUUGGCCUGGUCGCCGGUGGCCAUUUUCACAGAAUCCAAAGGAUGAAAAUGCAUCAGUCCAGAGCCUGGAAAUGCGCGGCUGUUUGGAAAUCCUCUUCGAGGAUGCACGCAAGAGCAUGGUGAAUGACCUAGUGCCUUCUGUGCUUCGUGGAGAGACCUGGUUCCUCCACAGAUUUUUCCAAAGCUACCGAUCAGUGGGCACCACACAGCAGGUGCUGGAGCUGCUGUUGAAAAGGUGUGACACCCUCAUGAACUCCUGCCAACAGGGCCGCAUCCUCGCCUGCCUUGGCAGAGGUGGUGAACGUCAAGGCCGACUCAGAGAGGAGCAGGUCCACCAACUACGGCCCCUCUACAACCAGCAGGUGGGUGACUGCUGCAUCAUCAGGGUCAGCUUGGAGGAGGACAAUGGAAACAUAUACAAGAGUAUUUUG